AUGACAGUGUUUGCACCGCUGAUGGCCGAUACAUUUCAUCUGUAUAUACGUGGCACUCGGCUCGAUUGGGGAAUUGAUGUUAUGAAAUUUCAUCAAUAUAGAAAACCUUAUUAUCAAAGUCAUAGUGAAGCACAACGUCUAAAUGGUCAUGCAAUGAUAACAAUUGAUACAAAUCAGCAAGAUGAUGAAGAAUUUGAAGGUUUCAGUUUGUUAAUUACAGGUCAAGCAUUAACAUUUGCAUUAAGUGAAAAAUUUAAAAUGAAAUUUCUUGAAAUCGGUACAAUGUAUAAAGCUGCUGUGUGUUGUCGUGCAACACCAUUAUUAUUACUUGUUCAUGGUCGUUGGUCAUAUUUACGGAUUUCAAAAUUUUUACGUUAUUUUUUUUAUAAAAAUAUUGCAUUUACAUUGUGCCAUUUUUGGCUUGGAUUUUUUUCGGGGUUUUCACCACAAACAUUAUAUGAUCCAUUCUUCAUAGCAACAUACAAUGUUUUUUUCACAUCAUUGCCAGUUCUAGUAUUAGGUGUUUUUGAUCAAGAUAUUAGUGCUGAUCAUUCAUUAAGUAAAUCUCAUUUAUAUACACCUGACCAAAAUGAUGAAUUUUUUAAUAAAAAAGUCUUUGCUGAAAAUGUUAUACAUGGUAUAUUAACAUCAUGUAUCAUAUUUUUUGUACCGUAUUUAUCUAUAUCGAAUGCUACACGGUCAGAUGGAAUGACACUAGCUGAUUUACAAUCAUUUGAUUUUACAGUUGCAAAAAUAAUGGUUAUUAUUGUUAAUUUAGAAAAUGCACUUAAAAUAUGA